AAAAACCUGCUGCGGGACUCGACACGCACACGCACACACACACACACAUACACACGCGCACGCACGCACACACAGACUGCACACACACACACACACUCACGCACACACACAGAUGGAGUCCAGAGGAGCUAGACGCCGUACCUAAGUCCGAUCGAACUCAGAUCAAAACCGAGGAAAUACCAAAACCUGGAUAUUUGUAUAUUUUUUUGCACGCCUGUUAUUCAGGCCUGGCGCUAUCCGAGCGGGACUUUGGAUAUUACGUUUGUUUUUUUUCUUCUUCUCCGCAGUGGAAAAGGAUCCACUCGAUCCACCCCCGAGUGUGUGAUUCGAGAGAGAAGAGAAGCAGUGCAGUAGGACGGUGGUGUUUUUUCCCCUGCAGUUGAACUCUCGAUCCAUUUCAGUAAAAAAAAAAAAAAAAACCACCCUGCAGCUCGUGCAGUUUUCUGCUCCAGUCUCUUAUUUCUGGGUGCAUCCGCGUUUCAAUUUCUAAAUCCUUUCCAUCGAUCGGUCAUCGGUCGUGUUUUUUUUUUUGUUGCUUUUGAGCACGUCGGAGAUUUCGGUUGACGCCAUUUUACCCUGAUAAACACCGUUUUUUAUCCGAUUGCAAAGUUGUCAUCGGUGAUCACAUUCAUGUCACCGGAUGGAUUUGGUUUUAAGGACGUGACCGAGCGCUUCGGAAAUGGUAUCACACAAGGAAAUGCAUACAUUUGCAAGAUUUGUACGAUUCAAGGAGCAAUAGAGUCAAGAUCCAUCACAUCCCUUACUGACUGAACACGAUCCACUGUCAGCGGCACCCCCUUUGUGUCAUCUUGGCUCCCUUCUGGUUCCCACGUCUUGAACCAAGUCUUGAUGGAGCAAAGGGACUUAACUCGCCCUUCGCGGCCCAAAGGGAAUGAGGAGUUCUUCUCCACUGUGACUACCAUCAACAGGGCUGAUCUUACCGAGGUGGGCCUUCUAGCCACCCCACUAAAGGGGCUUGGUCUGGCCGGUGAGCAGCAGGAGCAUGAGGAGGAUGAAGACCUCGGCCUCGGUAAAGACAUGGACGUCACUUCCAAUGCGGACAGCGAGAAGUGGGUGCAGGGGGACAACCUGGAGGAGCAAGAGUUCUCCAUUAAAGAGGCAAGUUUCUCAGAAGGCAGCCUUAAACUGAAGAUCCAAACUACCAAGCGGGCCAAAAAGCCACCUAAGAGCCUGGAGAACUACAUCUGUCCACCCGAGAUCCGCGUCACCAUCAAACAACCUGGGGAACAGAAGACGUCCAAGCAUGGCAAGAGCACUAAAGGUGGAAAGGAAGAAGACAGAGGACCCCCCAGAAAGAGGACCUACGAGAGGCCUUUCAGAGUUGUGGCUCAGAAUGACAACAACAUGAUGGAUGUCCUUGGGGAGAACCUGAGACCAAAAUAUGAGCCCAAAUCUGACAUUCAACAACUGGAUUGGACAAAGCCAACAUUAAGAGAGGCAACAUCCCAAGGGGACCAAGCGAGAGAUCUGGAAUCAAAACAAGAAUCAACAUUCAAUAACAAGAGCCUUCUGUCAGAGGUCAACACCCCCUUCUCAAAGGCACAAGUUAAAAAGGUCACAGAAGGUUCAUCUGGAAGUCUGUUUGCCUCGGAAAUGACUUGUCCAGGUUCUGACUCACAGGCUACUUCUCCAGCUGAUAUAACACUAGCAGAAUCAAAUAUGUUGAUACACUCUUCUCUAAGCAAAGAAAGAGGUUUGCAGGAGGUCACUGAGCAAGUCUUUGGGAACAUCAAAAGGAAGUAUGGCAGAAGGGCUCUGACCACCCAUAAUGGAGACCUGCCCUGGGCAAAAAAGCCCGACAAAGAGAGUGAGAAAACAGUUCAAGACAACACAAAGAAUAAACUGUUUAACUCUGAAAAAACUGAGACUCAGAGGGAAGAUGUAGAAAAAUCAAUGAAGAGGUUAGAGGAUGAUUUCAAAACAUUACCGAACUGUGUUCCACAUCACGCAGAUGAACCUAAAAGCAGAAAAAAGAAAAGCAGAAGAUUGACUGAAGAUAACUUUUUGGAAGAAAUACAAACAACACAGACAGUAGAAAUGAAAGAAAAGGCUGAUCAAGGUGCUACAAAACCUAAAGUAGCAAACAAAUUGGAAUUGAGCACAGGAAAGCAAUUUGGUUUAGAUUCACAGAAGCUGGGGGAAGAGAGUGCAGCAGCAGGGCCAACUGUGGAAAUUUCUGAGAAUAGGCACAAGAAGAACCCAGUUGGAAGACCACAAUCAUUGAUUGAUCCAGAGAAGCAAGCAGAUGGGAGGCAAUCAAAGUUCAAGGACAGAUGGGUUUAUUUGAAAUCUAAGAGCUCUGUUCCCCACAAAGACCUUAAUCCAGCGUUGCUCAUUGAAGAGCCACCCUCUGCUUUCCCCAUAACGCCAUCCAGCCCGCUAUACACCAACACAAACAGUCUGACAGUCAUCACCCCCAUAAAGAAAAAACGCGGUAGGCCUAAAAAACAGCCACUACUUACCGUGGAGACGAUUCAUGAAGGAACAUCAACCAGUCCUGUAAGUCCUAUCAACCAAGAUUCACCUAGCACUUCAAAGAGGAGGCGGAAGAAACAUAAUUUGUCAAAAAUAAUGCAGCAGGCCUUAAAUAAUUCUCCAACUUUACCAGAGAUGAAAUGUAAGAGAACAGGCCAGGUUGGUGUCCUUAAAAAGAAAAUGACUAAGAAAGUGAAACUGGUUAAAAUGCAGAACAUUUUGAAUGAGCUUCUGUCCUCUUCUAACACUGGUAACCUGGCUUUAAAAUCCAGUGUUCCGGUUUCCAGUGCCGUGUCAACUGUGGCAUCGACAAUUGAGGCCCGUUUAGGCAAGCAAAUCAACGUUAGCAAACGUGGAACUAUUUACAUAGGCAAAAAACGAGGGAGGAAGCCCAAAGCUGAGCUUCAGACUCAGCAAGAUGAGCACAAAGCCAAUGAUGAGCACUUGUUGCCUGUUUCAAGUCAGUUUGAGAACCUUCUAGUGCCUUCUAAUUCAUCAUCAACAACCAGAAUGCCUUCUCCCAGGGUCAUGCAGUCUCUCUCAGCUCAGUCCUUAGCAGGUGGACUAGCACACCAUGCCACCACAGAAACCAGCCAGCAUGACCUGAAGACCAUGCCAAAUCUACAGCCUAUCAGUGCUUUGCCCACAAAAACUCAGAAGGGCUUGCUCAGUAGUAGCUGGAAACUCUCUCCUCCAAGACUUAUGGCCAACUCACCAUCUCAUCUGUCUGAAGUGGCAUCCAUCAAAGAGGUCACCCUGUCUCCAGUUAGCGAGUCCCAUAGUGAAGAGACAAUCCCAAGCGAUAGUGGCAUCGGUACAGACAAUAACAGCACAUCAGAUCAGACUGAGAAAGGUCCAGCAUCUCGCAGGAGAUACUCCUUUGAUCUUUGUGGUUUUGAAGCAGCAGAGGCUGCUGUGCUGGAAGCUACAAAUAAAACAAACAGAGGGCACUAUCAGAAGCAUACAACAUCAGUGGCUAUGGAAAGUUUCCUUGCUCAAGAAAGCCUCAAGAAACAGAAACAUCGACGGAAGCGGAAAGGUCUAACAAGUAGGGACGAUCUUCAGUUUCUGGCUGACCUUGAGGAACUCAUUAGCAAGUUCCAGGUCUUCCGAAUUUCCCACCGCAGCUACAAGUUUUACCACGAGAACUCUUUCCCCAGCAUUUUCCGCCUGAACUUUGACCACUACUACCCUAUGCCCUACUACCCCUAUGAUCCUGUGCACUAUCUUUGCAGGAGUUCUGAAAAGUCAAAGAGAAGACGUGGCAGGCCAGCCAAAUCAGCUGAACCUAUAACAAAGAUGCCUUUCAUUCAAGGAUUUGGCUACUCAGCAGCCAGUGGCAAUUACUAUGCACCCUACGCAAUGCCUUACACAGCCAUGCCUCUUGCCACAAGUAUGAUGAACAUGGGGUAUUAUGGGCAGUAUCCUCCUCCUUUGUAUCUGUCCCAUGCACUUGGAUCUUCAGGCACUCAUCUCAUGCGGCCUCCUGUUCCUCCACCAAAGUUCCACUCCAGUGGGUUGUCUAGCCUCUCUGCUGGCAGCAGACAUAGGAUGAAGAACAUGCCCAAUGAGAUGUCAUCUCCCAGGAUGGGUGACGCUCAUCAUCCGUCAAGCAGCUGUUUGGCGAGUGUCUGUCUCCACAAACGCAAACACAAGCAUAAGCACAAACAUAAGGAGGACCAGCACUCAGUCCCACAGAGAGAGAACCUUGGUGGACUCUUUAGUGGAGCCCUGCCUCUUUCUAAGAUAAAGGAAAAGCAGAGGAGCCAGCAAAGUAUGGAGAGUUCAUCCAAGACAGCCAGGAACUACUUUGAAGUAGACACACUCUCAUCGUUGUCUUUAUCUGACUCUCAGAACUGUAAACAUCCUCGAGAAGAGCCACUGAACAACUUCCUGAACAUGUGCACUAAGCAACCACAUGAACGGCUGCGAGCCAACCAGGACCAGCCACUGGACCCAUUCAAGGGCCAGCACUUACAAGAUGAGGGUUCUCACAUCCGGAGCAGGAGGCAUAGUUUGGAAGACUUUGCAACAUACAGUGAGGGGGGCAUGGCACCUUUCCAGAACGAAACAGAAGAAAGGAUGAAGCAGAUGUACCAUUGUGGCAACACAGCCAUUGCAGAACUGGGCUCCUACAAGAGGAGAUACAAGCGGAAGGAGAUCGAGGAGAUGCAGAGUAACGUGCGGAAGAAGCACGCAUUCUCUAAGAUCCUCACCAGCAAGAGAAGCCUAGACCACGUCAACAAGAUCCUGAAGGUCAAGCGGCUCCAGCGGCAGGCCAAGACGGGCAACAAUGUGGUGAAGCGGCGAAGGGGGAGGCCACGAAAGCAAACACUUGCCCCCAACGAAGGCUUCUUGCCUCAAAUGCCUGUGCUGGAAAAGUGCAUGGACUUUCCAGGCAAAAGGAACCUGCACGGUAGCCCGAUGCUCACCCAGCCAGAGUUCACCCACCACGACUCUAUCACAGAUGCCAUCGAGGCAGUGGUACACCAGGCCCGGGCUCAGCCCAAUCCACAGAACCCACAGAUGGCUAAGCCCUACUCUAAAUAUCAGCCAGAGGAGCAGCUAGAGCGGCCAGUACGGCGAGGCAGGGGAAGCAGAAGGGAUGAACCAGCUUCUCAUUAAGAGUUUCAUUAACAGUGCACUGUGAGUUCGACUUGCACUCCAACCUUUGGAUAAUUUCUAGGCAUUAUGGUUGUCUUUUCUUUUUAAUCAGCUCUACUGAACUGUACUUCAUGGGCAUUCUGUGAGAAUCAUGAAUGUGGUCUAAAAAAGUGCCCCACUUUCACUCUGUAUAUGCCAUCAACACAUGCUUUUUUCUUUUCUUUUUUUUUUUUGUUUAAUGGAAAUGUUCUUGUGUUGAGCUUUUUACUCUCCCAAAGCCCAUAAGGAUUUUGAAACUAUGGCAAGAGCCAUGAUCUUACCAGCAAGUGUAAAUUACAUUUUUUUUGAACUUCUAAUACAGUACUGUGCACUUUUGGGGUUUCUUUGCCUUUUUGGUUCUCUCAAGUCAAAGCACAGUGAUUAUGAUAAAGAUCAGUGUCAUAAAACUGGUCAGCUCACACACACACACACACACACACACUUUCUUGCCUGCGCUCAGGUUUGUUCCGGGCAUGAACUAAUGGCAAUACCCUUGAAUUGAAUGAGACUCUUGUACUAUCUUCGAUGGCUAUAGUUUAAUUGUACAUAGCGACGUAAUCUACAAACAUUACAAAGUGAAAGUAUUUUAGAUUUACCUGUACUGUCACCAUAUCAACUAGAAACCUGUACAAUAUUCAAAUAAUGUUUUAACCAAAUAUUAGAAAUAGAUGUGACAUACGAAAGCUUGUGUUCAAAAUGCAAAUGAAACCUACAGUAUUUAUUAAUCACACCAUAACGAAGUGGAUGCAUCACAGAUUGAAGGAUUGACAAUGGCAGUGUGUAAAGUCAAACCUUCAAAAAAAACGACAAAAAAAAAAGAAAGAAAAAAGCAACCCUUAGCUAUAUACAUGAUACAAUAUACUCCGUUCAUCAUGCAUGAAAAGAAAAGAUAAAAAAAAAUCCUAUUCUUGCAUUUAAAAGCAACACAGCACUUACUCCAGUCUCCUUACACGUAUUACAGAUUAGUAUUACACAUUGUCCGUUGAUUAUUUUUUAUCCGAAUAACCGACGAUAUCUGGAAAAUAUUUUUUAGUACUAUCAGUUAGUUAAUAGCAGUGAUUUCAGUCAGUUGCUUUGACAAACACAGCAACCGACAUGCCUUUUUUCCAGAGUCUAUUCGAGAACGUGCCUGCUCAUAGUAGUAAAAUGAAAAUAAUAUUACUUUAUUACUUCUAAAGUAAUUGGAAUAUAUUGACAUAACGGUCAGUAUUAGAUAUCCACACAACCAAAGGUUCAGUCGUGUCGUAGUUCAGUAUUCUAGGUGGAUUUCAGUUUCUGUAGGUGCUCGUAGAAAGUGUAACGAAUGGAAAUGUGUGGAUCCGAGAUGUUAGACUUCAUUACUGUAUACAGCUUAGCAUCUGAAACCAGGCUUCAGUAUAGUGCAGUGGUUCUACGCUCUUUUUUUUAGAAAUGUAUAUUCAACCGGUCUUAAUGCAGAAAGUUGCGCUGUUGUGUGGUUUAUUUCUCAGUUGUUUCAUAUAUGUGCCUUAUGUUUGUCAAUAAGUCCAUAAACAUUUCAGCUACAGGGAACUAUGAAUGACAAGAAAUAAUGUUGAACUUACACACAUAUAUUAUUAAUAUCCACACAUGGUCAUGAAUGUACAUAUGCCUGCUUCUUUUUUUUUUUUUUUUAAUUGUAUUUUAUUUUUAUUUUUAUUCCUGCUCCGUAGAUCUGUUAUUUGUUUAGACGCACUUACGCAGAUAAGUUCAGAUGGGUUUUGUUUUUGUUUUUUUUUUUGUUUUUUUAUUAUUAAAACGGCUCGCUCUCUAGAUAGCUUUCUGACGUAACGGUUUAUUGAUUCGAACUCGAGCGGCCUGUGUGAAAAAUGGAGGUCAGACAUGCAAUGAAACAAGGCCAAACUCUGCUUGCGACAAUUCAGACAAGACCACAAAACAAAAAAAAAACAGGUCCAAAAGACAAACGUUCCAGCACCAGUUAAGGGUUAUCACCACGUGUGCGUUCUAAAUGACUAUGCAUCGGGUUCUACCUGCAAAUUGGCAGACAUGAAAUGACGUUUUAAGACUUUUUUUUUUUUUUUUCACUUCAAUUUGUCAAAAAGUGGUCUUAUUGAAACUAAUCUAUAACCUGUAUUUUGUUUUUCCUUUUUCUUUAUUUUUUUUUUUGCAAACAAGUGACUAUCAUUUUUUAUUUUUUCAUUUUUUAUUUGAUUUUUGUUUUAUUUUGCAAAUUUUAAUGCUGCAUAGGGCAGAAAAAAAAUAAAUCAGCCACUGAGCAGCGGAGCCUUAAUCAUGUUACAUUACAUUCAACAAAGUAAACUUCUGUAAAUAGUAGAAUCACCUGUCUGUUACUGAACAGCUCACAAUGUGGACUAGCUCUUCUUUUUUUAGGAAUAACGCCGGAAAUUAGGACAUACCGUAAGCCCAAAGCCUACGAUUUUGCGCAGCUUAAAUGAUCAUUUUGUCAGAGCAGAACAUGGAGUCAGAGAAUGACGUAUGGCGUAUUAGAGCCAAGUCAGAUUUGGCAGCUAUUCCCUUCUGCCUGUGGUACUACAUUGGACACUUCAGCAUGUUUCUCCUCUUUAGGACUGGCACCUCGAACCACCUGGACGCUUUGCCAAAAAUCAAGACAUCCAUCACUCAGUGCUAAACUGAAAAAGUAAACCAAAUUGUAUACAGUAGCAGUAUUCCAAAACAGUACCACCAGUCUUUAGUUUAUUAAGGAGGUGUUAAUAGCAAGGUGUUUGGCAGCUCAUAUUUUCUCUACCAGCUGAUUAAAUGGUGCCUUGUGAAAUUAAGGUGUUUAUUAUUUGAUUCUUCUUCUUCUUCUUCUUUUUCUUCUUCCCCUUACAUUCUGGCUGUUCAAUAAUCGUAACUCAUUAGACUGUUUUGUGUCAUGUAAAUAUUGUGACCUGACUUAGAUACAAAGGUUUAUUCAGUUGCUAUAACUUCAUGAUCAAGAUCUCAUCAUAUAAACCAUCGAUUUCAUCCGAGUAUCACCGACAUCUUCAUGUAUUAAGCUCUAAAGCUACUGAAGAAAUUUCCAGUGCAAAUGAAGUAUUAAUUGAAGGGUAACGUACUCAAUAAGGGCACAACAUGAGCUAAAUUCUGCAUUUUCUUUUUUGUUGGUUUGUUUUUUAAUAGGUACUAUGACCAUUUUUGAUAAUGCUUUACAUUUUCUGAACCUGCAUGCCCUAAUUGAUUGUAUGCACACAAAUUUUGAUCGAAUUUCAAUUUGGAGAUCUUAUACAUUGUUUGAUAAGUUUUUUGAAUAACUAGUUUUUAAUUCAUAAAACAUUUUUGUAAAUUGUAUGAAUAUGGGGGGAAAAAAAUAGCAAUUAAAGGACAUAUAUAGGAAAGAAUAAAUAUUGAGAUACGCAAGCAUAUGCAUUGUACAUAAAUGUAUGUAGGAAGACGCCCUCAUGUUUUCGUGUACCUGUGUAUACACACGUUUAAAGAUAUGUAUACUGCACUGUACAUAUGUACAUACAUUUAAGCUCGCAUGUGUUUGGUCAUAUUUGUUGUUCAUGAUCUUGUAGAGUUCUCUCUCUUUUUUUUAUUAUUAUUAUUAUUAUUUCUCUUUCAAGUUCAACUUUUUGUGCAACCAUCUCAGUGCAGUAUUGAGCACUUAAAUACACUUGAUCUUGCUCAUGUCAUUCAUUGUGCAAAAAAAUAAUAAAAUGAAAAGGAAUU